AUGUAUCAUUAUGGCGGUGUACAAUACGAAAAAUUAGAACCUUGUGAAAUGAUGUACUAUGAUAAUGGAUAUUUUUCAACGUUUACGGUUGCUGCUAAAAUUGUCGCAGAUGACUAUACAAAGCCUACUAUGAAACAAAUAAUAGAUGAAUAUUUUUCUAAUAUGUUUAACUAUGAAUUAUGUCAUGCAGGUUUAGCCCGUAAAAAAGAUAUUAUGGUGGGAGGUAUUAUUCACACAAUGGAAAUUUUAAAAAGUUUGCCAAAUAAUUAUUUAGAAUCAAGCAUUGUAGAACAAUUGGAUCGUUCUUAUUACCAUAUUAUAACUAUUUGGGGAGGUCUGAAUGAGCCACUAGUCUUCUACUCUUGUCACGAUAGACAAUAUUAUCCUUCUAGUGCUCAAGAACGAGCACGGGCUCAUGAAGAUUAUAAUUAUAUAUUAGAAACAGAUGUUUGUAAAAAGUAUAAAAGUUAUUUACAUGGGUGGAGUAAAAGGCAUCCCAAGUUCGUUUAUUGUGCUGCAAAAAUGGUAAGAGAGGAAAAUGAAAAACGAACCAAAAGGAAUAGAAAUGAGCUCUAA